CAGAGAGGCCAGGCAGGCAAGGCAGGGUAUAUACACUCACACACACGGCAUAGUGCACGGCUGAGCGAGAGACCGCCGCAGUGAGCGAGACGCCGGACUCUCGAAUGGAUCGGAAUAUCGCUGUGCUGGUGCUUCUCUACACAGUUGCGCCGCGCUCUCUUCCGAGUGAGACAUGAUAUUGCUUCGCCUACUCAUUGUGCCGCCGCUCCUCGAUCCUCGCGCUCCUCCGAAGUUGUAAUUAUUACCCUCUGGGCGAUACUCGUUGUAAUCGGGCCGCUCUCUAUCUCCGCUGAUUACCGUUGCCCGAAAACACUCGCCCACCCGCCAAGUGUGAGAGAGAAUUACCUCUGUACAUGCAGUGCGCGUAAUUAUGUCGUCGUCGUCGUCGUCGUCGUUGUUGACGUUAUUGUCGUCGCCGAGACACGAACCUCCGAUUACGACGUGAUAACUACUACUACUACUAUCCGAUAAUUACCGAUACCGUGAGCGACGAUAAUCAAGUGUGCAAAAUUAAUAAAAGAAAAAAAGAUCGAAUCGAUAAAUUACGAUUAGCGGGGCUACCGACCAAAAGUGCAUCUCUCGGUUAUACAAAAAAAAGUGUGACACUGUGCCGUGCUGUUUGUUGAUGUUGUUGUUUGUUGAUGUUCUCGUUGUUCUUGUUGACUCACUGUGCUACCUUGCUAAAAUGAUGACCAUGAGGCUGUGGAUGAUGCUGGGCGCCCUGGCCGUCGCGGUGCCGACACUGCCCGCCGAGGUCAGGACGAACAAGAACAGAGGACGCGGAUCCAUGUGGUGGGGCAUAGCCAAAGCUGGAGAGCCGAACAAUCUGCUGCCGAUGCCGGCGACCUCGCUGCACAUGGACCCGACGGUCUACGCCACGCUGAGGCGGAAGCAGCGCCGACUGGCCCGCGACAAUCCGGGCGUCCUGAUGGCCGUGGCGCGGGGUGCCAACAUGGCCAUCGCCGAGUGCCAGCACCAGUUUCGCAACCGUCGCUGGAACUGCUCGACCAAGAAUUUUCUGCGCGGCAAGAAUCUGUUUGGCAAAAUCGUCGAUCGAGGCUGCCGAGAAACGGCGUUCAUCUACGCGAUCACGAGCGCGGCGGUGACCCACAGCAUAGCCCGUGCCUGCAGCGAGGGCAGCAUACAGUCGUGCUCGUGCGACUACUCGCACCAGUCGCGCGGGCCCACCGGGGUGCGCGACUGGGAAUGGGGCGGCUGCUCCGACAACAUCGGCUACGGCUUUCGCUUCUCGCGCGAGUUCGUCGACACGGGCGAGCGGGGCCGCAAUCUGCGCGAGAAGAUGAAUCUACACAACAACGAGGCCGGCCGAACGCACGUCUCGGCGGAGAUGCGCCAGGAGUGCAAGUGCCACGGCAUGUCGGGCUCGUGCACCGUCAAGACCUGCUGGAUGAGGCUGCCCUCGUUUCGCAGCAUCGGCGACAAUCUCAAGGACCGCUUCGACGGCGCCUCGCGGGUCAUGGUGAGCAACAGCGACCGGGCCCGGGGCGUCAGCAACGCCAUCACCAGCAACUCGGCCAGCAACUCGGUGCACGCGCAGCGCGAGGGCCUCAGCCGGCGGCACCGCUACAACUUCCAGCUCAAGCCCUACAAUCCGGAGCACAAGCCGCCGGGCGUCAAGGACCUCGUCUAUCUGGAGCCGUCGCCGCCCUUCUGCGAGAAGAACCCCAAGCUGGGCAUCCUCGGCACUCACGGCAGGCAGUGCAACGACACGAGCAUCGGCGUGGACGGCUGCGAUCUCAUGUGCUGCGGCCGCGGCUACAAGACCCAGGAGAUCAUCGUCGUGGAGAGGUGCAACUGCACCUUCCACUGGUGCUGCGAGGUCAAGUGCCAGCUCUGCAAGUCGCGCAAGACCAUACACACGUGUCUGUGAGAGAUGGAUAGCAGCUGCGCAACUUCGACGAAAACCUCCUCACCAAAAAAUCGACUUUAGAUACUUUUUCUAUUGACUCGCGUGUGUGUGUCGAUAAGUAUGUAGUAGCAAAAGUUUUAGACUCUAAGGCGUUUCGUGUGCGCAGAGGUGUGCGCGCAUGAUGGAUCGAGUGCUCGCUUCUUCCUGGCGAAGAGCUUGGCCGAGCGGCUCGCGCGAAUGUAUAAUUUUUGUGUAAUAUUUUUUUUUUUCGUUUUUUUUUUCUCGAUACGAUAUAAUUAUUAGAGAGCAACGCUCGAAGUGUGCCUGUGUCUCGGAUAAAAAAAGUGCCCAGUAUUAGACGCGCCUUUUUCUUACUUAAAACAAAAAAUAAGCUGGCUGAAAUGACGAUAUUUCGAAGCAGAAAGAAAAGUGCACGCAUCGAUUAUAGUUGCGAAAAAAUAGUGAAUAAGGAUUUUUAUCUACGACGACUAUGUACUGUGAAAGACUGAAUUAAAAAAAUUUUUCUCUCUCUACCUAUCCCCUGACUCUCUUUAACUCGUGUAAAUAUAUAGCUGAGCGUCUCGCGAGGAUCUUUUCUACUCGACGGAUACCGCUCGGAUAUUCGCCGUUCGAAAAUCUCGUCCUUUAAAACUAGGUGUAAAUAUAUAAACGCUCGUUACGUUGACGCGCGCCAACGUGUGACUUACUGAUACUACAUAAACUUGCGAUCGUCACUUUUUUCCAGCAAAAAAGUGCCGAUUCGAAAAGAAAAGAAAGAAAAGACGAGCGUCGAUUUGAAAAGAAAAGUCGCAUAAGAUAUAAAAGUAAAAAAAUAGUGCCUCGCAUAUUGAUCUCGAUCGUCCGAGUCGAGAUGCAUGUUCCCAGAGCUUAGUUCCCUCGAUGUAAAUAUAUAAAAUAUAAUUAUUGUAAUCCUCUAAGCGUCAUGAUGAUAUACAUUGCUGUGCGCGAUUUUUCACCACAUUUUUCAAAUCGACAGCCACGUCUCGCGUCGGAAACUGUUGAUCAAAAAUCUUGUAAGUAGGUAUUAUUUUUCUAUUGUAAAUAAAUUAAUUCGUAUAUUUAAUAUUGAAUAUAUAAUUUGCGCCCAGCGUGCAGCCGUAUUUAUUGUGUAGUAAUUGAAAUGCGUGAAAACUCGGAUUAAAACGGAAAGAAAUUCAAUUAUAAACGAGUUUAACGAUCGUCCUGUACAUAUUAUAUAUUACUUUCUCGCUAAGUAUAUGUGUUUUUUUUUUGUUUUACUUUUUAAGGUUGCCAAAUCCAGACCAGUCGCUUCUUUUAUAUAUAUGUGUACGAUCUUAACCCCUAAUAGAAACGAAUGAAUUCGAUUUCAUUUUUUAGCCAAUUAGUCCAGUUUAGUCAAAAAAACAAGGUUUAAACUGGUUCUCUAUUGGGCCAAGAUUUAUUCAGGAAUUUUUGUAAAUUGAAUGAGUAACGAACUUCGAGGUUGUAUACGACUAUUGCAUUUUUGCACGCUGCUUCCGACAUUUCCGUUAUUAUUUUACUAUCAUUGCAGAAAUUAACGAAAAAAAAUAAUUUUUAUAAUAAAAUUGAGUCAAUUUUCAGGCUUUAAAACAUUUUUUUAGAACUGUAAGAGAAUAUAGAAAUUUUAUUGUUAUCCAUCGUUUCCAAUUGUAAAGAUUCUUUGCGAGAAUCUUGCGAGAAACGCAGGCAAGAAAUACGAGCGAAAAAUAUUUUUGUGAGUUUUCGAUGCAUAUUGUAAAAAUGAAAAUUGCGCUUAAUGAUCGUAUAAGUAAAGUUUUUAUCAUUUUUUUUUAUACAUAUGAGUUUUUAUAACGCAGCAACAAACAUAACAACUAUAAAUAUUUAAUGAAUAAAAGAAAAAAAUAAAAAGAAAAUUUCU